AUGUCGCUCCAUACGAGUUCCCUGCCAAAUGUGCACACCCGUCUACAGCGACUGAUUGUGCAAUGUUCAAAUAACAAAGGAGGCAUGGGAGUUCGACUGGUCAAACUGGAAGUUGAGGGAGAACCUGUCUUUUUGAAGCGCCGUGUCAUCCCCUAUGGUCAGCGUGAAGGUGUAUUGAAAGCUCUGGAGAAAAUGGAGCACGACGGCAUCCUGACUCGAGUAACAUCCAGUGCGUGGGCAACACCAAUUGUGAUCGCAAUGAAAAGUGCUGACCCGACGACACUUUUACGAAUAUUGUCUCGGCUCCGACAUCAUGUUCUGGCUGGUGCCGCCGAAAAGGGGGGCAAUUUAAACCCUGGCUGGAUACCGUAUUCGAAGACGUCGACCAACUUGGCCUCCGGAUGGAGUACGGCACUCGCAGAUGGAAAACAAACUGGAUCGAUAUUUGCAAAUAUCUCGCAGCCGACCGCCAAGCAUGGAUAG